AUGACAGAUCUGUCGCGCGUUCUCCCGGACUUCCCAACUGCUCCAUAUGCUAAUCUGCUCCACAACAUCGAGAAGCACCAGGUUACCACCAGCGACCUGCUCACCGUCGAGGUGACGGAUCUGGCCAAGCGGGCCCAGCUACCAGUUCAAGGCCUGGAAAGACUGUGCAACGCUGUCUUGGAAGCUCUGCAUGUCGACUUAGGUGUUUCGGACAAGCCACAGGGCCAGUUUCCAAACCAGGGCAACUGUUCGCUCAAGCAGACCGGCACGGAUCUCACCAAGCAAUGGAGCACCAUCAGCACCUUGGACGACUCACUUGACCGCGCGUUGGGCGGAGGGAUCCCAACAGGCUAUGUCACCGAGAUCACCGGCGAGAGCGGCGCCGGCAAGACCCAGUUCCUGCUUACCCUGCUGCUCUCCGUCCAACUUCCACCACCGCAUGGUCUGGGCCGGCCAGCAAUGUACAUCUCCACCGAAGCGCCCCUGUCCACCAAACGGCUCUUCCAAAUUCUCUCCUCCAACCCGUCACUUCGCGACCUGGAUCGGGCCGCCCGCCCGUCAACAGACAACAUCCUCAGCACCGUCACCCCCGACCUCGAAUCCCAGGACCACAUCCUGCAAUUCCAAGUCCCCGUCGAGGUAUCCCGCCGCAACGUCGGCCUCCUGGUCCUCGACUCCGUAGCCGCCAACUACCGCGCCGAAUUUGAGCGCGAGCCCAGCGGCGCCGUCAGCAAUGGUGGCCUCAACAUGGCGCAGCGCAGCAACGAGCUCGUCCGGCUCGGCCAACUCCUCCACGAGCUAGCCCGUAAACACAAACUAGCCGUCGUAGUCGCCAACCAAGUCGCAGACCGCUUCUCCACGCCCCAGACGCCAACCAUUGCGAGGAGCAGUGUGCCCUUCUCGGACCACCACCGGAUAUCGCAAGACUCGCCUCUUGCCCAUCGCACGACAUGGGGACAUCAGUCUAAAGGGCCCCAGCCAAGCGCCGAGCCAACGAGCAGCGAAGCCGAAAUGGUGCAAGUGGGGAUGCUGGAGCCGUGGCCCGAGGCCUUCGAGCCGCCUGCGCCGGCGGCGCUGCUGCUUGAUCACCAGCAGCGGUGGUUCACCGGGUGGGGGGACGACCCGUAUGCCGACUACGCGCUGAAGACACCGAGUCUGGGUUUGGUUUGGUCGACGCAGCUCGCGUGUCGGAUUGCGCUGUUUAGGCAGCCCGUUUAUGGACGCCAGGAGGUGGCUGAGGAUGAUGAGAUGAGAGCACCGACGCUCAAAACGUGGAGGCGGUGGAUGAAGGUUGUGUUCGCACCCCAUGUGGCGCCUUCCGGCCAGGGGCUGAGCGGGGCCGUUGAGUACGAGGUCACGAUGGGAGGGGUCAGGGGAGUCAAGAAAGGGACGUGA